CGGCGUCGUGUUACAGUUGGAGGAGGCGCGAAGCGGAGUGAGGUGGCCGAUAUAAACGACUUCUUGUUUUAUUUUUGUUGUUUAAAAAAGGAAACAGCACAGGUUAAGACCACCUUUCACUCACUGAAGCUCGACAGGAUUGAAAUGUUACAGUUUAGGUUUUCAACUGCCCUGGAAAAGUUGUUUCACACGAGCCGCAAGCGUCCGUUGACCGACAUUGUGAGACAUAAAGCCUCCGUGCCCAAGCCGCUCUGCUUCAGCAGCUCCUGCCCCCAUGUCCACCGCACCUCUGAGAUAAAGACGCUCCGCUACGGCGGACACCGGGCUUUCUCCCACGUGUCGCCGCCGUGGAGAAGACCCCUGUGUACAAAGGCUGAAGGAGCGAUAGAGCCGAGUGAACCGGUGAAGAAGGAUGAAACCGGGCAGGAAACUGCGGCAGACAAGAGAAGAAAGGCGGGUAUCCUGCCGAGCCUGGAGGACCUGCUCUUCUACACCAUUGCUGAAGGCCAGGAGAGGAUCCCAGCCCACAAAUUUAUCACGGCACUGAAGGCCACUGGACUGCGAACAGGAGACCCCCGACUGAAGGAAUGUAUGGACAUGCUGAAAGUAACCCUAAAGACCACGUCAGACGGGGUGAUGCUGGACCGACAUCUGUUCAAAAAGUGUGUCCAGAGCAACAUAGUGCUGCUGACCCAAGCUUUUCGGAAGAAGUUUGUCAUCCCCGAUUUCAUGUCUUUUGCUGCCCACAUUGACAAGCUUUAUGAGAAAGCUAAAAAUCUGUCUGGAGGUCAGGUUGCUGACUACAUUCCUCAGCUUGCUAAAUUCAGCCCGGAUUUGUGGGCUGUGUCCUUGUGCACAGUGGACGGACAAAGACACACUGUGGGCGACACCAAAGUACCGUUCUGUCUGCAGUCGUGCGUGAAGCCGCUGAAGUACGCCAUCGCUGUGCAUGACCAUGGCACGGAGUACGUGCACCGCUUCAUCGGCAAAGAGCCGAGUGGCUUACGCUUCAACAAACUCUUUCUGAACGACGAGGAUAAACCCCAUAAUCCAAUGGUGAAUGCUGGUGCGAUUGUGUGUACCUCUCUAAUAAAGCAAAAGGCAAGCAAUGCAGAGAAGUUUGACUAUGUGAUGAAUUUCCUGAAAAAUAUGGCAGGGAAUGAGUAUGUGGGUUUCAGCAAUGCAACAUUCCAGUCUGAACGUGAGUCAGGUGAUAGGAAUUUCGCUAUCGGCUACUACCUGAAAGAGAAGAAGUGUUUUCCUGAGGGUACAGAUAUGACAUCCAUUCUGGACUUCUACUUCCAGCUGUGCUCCAUUGAGGUGACCUGUGAGAGUGCCAGUGUGAUGGCUGCCACGCUGGCCAACGGUGGCUUCUGUCCUAUCACGGGCGAGCGCGUGCUGAGUCCGGAGGCCGUGCGGAACACGCUGAGUCUCAUGCACUCCUGCGGCAUGUAUGACUUCUCUGGGCAGUUCGCCUUCCACGUGGGUCUGCCAGCCAAGUCGGGCGUGGCAGGGGGCAUCCUGCUGGUGGUACCCAACGUAAUGGGGAUUAUGUGCUGGUCUCCUCCACUGGACAAACUGGGCAAUAGUGUGCGUGGCAUCCAGUUCUGCCAGGAUCUGGUGUCCUUGUUCAACUUCCACAACUACGACAACCUGCGGCACUUCGCCAAGAAGUUGGACCCUCGGCGUGAGGGCGGUGACCAGCGGCAGCACACCUCCUUCGGGCCGAUGGAUUACGAGAGCCUUCAGCAGGAGCUGGCUCUCAAAGACACUCUGUGGAAAAAAGUCUCACCCACUGAGUCCAAUGAGGACAGUUCCACCACUGUAGUCUAUAGGAUGGAAAGUGUCGGGGAGCACAGCUAAACGGACCUGCUUCAUCUGGAAAAAGGGCGUAAAUAAUAAGGGGGCCAGACAGCGUAUUUAUUUUAUUUUGUGGUUUUUUUUGUGUUUGUUUGUUUGUUUUUGUUACAUGUCUGUGAUUGUCUAGCAGAGGUGUUGUUUCUGUCUUCCUCUCUGAGAGGUGCCCUCACUGAGGCGGACACCAAUGGAGCUACUCUGCUCCUUCUCUUCUGUGUUACGCUUGUAAGAAACCAAAGCAAAAGGAGGUGCAUUAUUUAAUAAGCAAGGAGAGUGCGUUGACAGGUUAAUGGGGAAUUCCUCCAGUUUUAUGAAAGUUCUUCAUAAUUUAGUUAAAUUAUUGAUGAAAUAAUUCAUUUAUUCAGAGUGGUUUCAUGUGAAAUGUUUAAGUGUAGAGAAAGCUACUGACUCAACCAAGGGUCACGAUGUCUACAACACAAAUAUAGCCAAUUUAUUUAUUGGCCAAAAUGACCAGUGAACCUACACAUGUCUGAGUUUUUAUGUGUAAUAUUGAUAUUUGGGGUAAAUCUGAAAAAGAGCUUUUGUUGGGUACUAUUUUGCCUUUGAACACCCUGCAUGCACCCCUCCACCAUGAAUGAAUUUUAAAAAAAUUGAUAUAAACCAAAGCCCUCUCAAAGUUAUCAUAAAACAGUGUCAUAGACAUCAGCUAUUCAUAACCAAUCAUGUAAUAGCUUUCUGUGAGGGAAUAAUCUAUAAUCUAAAAUUAUAACGCUUUGUUGACAUCUUAAUCGUUUACUUACUCAGAACUUUGGAAAAAUCAGUGGUAUUCCCCUUUUAAAGUGUAGUUGAAGGACAAAGAAUGAAACAUAUUUAUUUUUUUCUUCAUUUUUUGUUCUGUUCUCCAACAGCAUAUGUUAAAGAAACAGUUUGGUCAGUGAUGCUAAAGUUGCUAACAAUGAAUGAAAGCCAGUGGCUGCUGAUUAGCAUUAUGACAAUAACACCAUGCAAAUUAGUGUCUGCUUGCAUCCACAUUCAUUCUUAGCAUGUUAAGUUGAUGUACCCCUUUUUAAAGUGAUAAGCCAUGGGUAGUAGGAUCCUGACCGGCUGCUGAGUGGAGACUGAAGCCCUUUUGAAGCUCAGUGUUAAGAACACGGAUUAUUUUAGCCCCUCGUGUGUGAGCCAAAAUUGACUCCGCCCAGCUGUCCACUUGCAGUCCUCUGUGAUGUCAACAGUGUUUUGCCAUCAAUCGCAUCUUGAGCUUUUGAGUUCAGACAAACAACCACACACUCGCCUGAGACUCCCCUCAGAGUGGGUAUCGAUCGGUGUGCUGUGUGUUGUCAGAAGGAGAUUGUGGUGACGCAGGCUUGCCUGACCUUCAGUCAGAGUCAACUGUGGCCAUGCUCAGUUUAACGGCUCCACGCGCUUCAGCUUGCUUUUCUUCAGCCUUGUCCUCCAAUUAAUUCAGCUCUUUAACCAACAGCUGCUAAAUUGUGUACCUAAAGGACCCAUACCCGACAUAUUUCAUCUGUUUUAUUUUUCCCCCUGAGGUCCACUUAAUUUGUUUUUCCAUACACAAUGUUUCUCUACUUAAAACAGUUGUAAUUCAUUUUUUAACGAUUCGUCAUCCUAUUCACAAUGAAGAGAGGACUGCUUUAUGAAAUGCCAAGGCAGGGCAGCCAAUGAGAAGAUGGUGAGUUCCAUACACCAGUCUUGAAGUUGCCGUAACGGAAGAAGUCUGUUUAAUUCUAAGGGCAGAAGUACAGAAGGAUAAAUAGUACGCAUUGGGAAUGUGUUCGUUUUGUGACCUCACAAAAACACUUCAUUCAAAACUAGGCAGUGCAUUUUCCAUAUACGGGCUUUAUGAAUUGGGCAGUGAGUGGCACAUUAGGAAACCUUAAGGCUACUUACAUACAUAACUCUCCGUUUCAGAAAAUACAUUUUCUUUGGUAAGGGCCCUUUUAUUUCUAGUGGACCUGGAACAUUUUUUUAUUGUUGUUAUUAUUAUUAGAUCUUUAGCAUUCCUGCGUUAAUCUAGAUAGUACCAAGAGUAUUACAUUCAAUAUGCUUCCUAACUGUUUAAAAUGAAGCAGUGGUGCUUCAGAAAAGACAGAUUCUCGCCAGACUUGGCCCACAGCGGUCUGCAACGCCCCCUACUGUCAUAUGUGUGAAUUUGAAUUGCCGAUUGGUUUGAAUUAGGCCUGCUGGAACAUUAGACUGUUGCAUUUAAAUUCCCCAUAUAUUUAACUCACAUUUGUAGACUGCUGGGGUUGAAUCAGAGAAGCGAUCAGCAGCCGGCUAGGGUAAUGCGUACGAAUAACAUGUGUUAUUUCUCACCAUAUAUAUGCCCUUAAUGCUGACCUGGCCCCUUUGCACAUGUACAUAUUUCAGCUGAGGCCUUAGAUCUUAUGCUGCUUAGCUAUUCUGGAGCCUAUCCUGUUGUGCUGCCACUGCAUAAUGUACUGUUGAACAGGUACCAUUAGCCAUUGCACCAUCAUGGUUUAUGGUUCAACAUGUUUUUGUGUGUUAAAGCCUCAAUCAGAAACUGCUGAAACGUCACCACCACUUCCAGAUGCUUUCUGACCCGGAUGUUUUAUGCUUAAUUGGAGGUCUUGUUAUUGAACAGUCCGUGUUGUUGCAUCAUCGCUUACAGCGAUUUCUGAUUGAGCCUUUAGCUUUGAAGCCUUACUGUUGCAAGAAAGCACCUUAUUUCAAACAAUGUAUUUUCAUCAGAACCUUUGUAGGUGAUUCAGUUUUGGCCUAUAUUUGCAAAUAUAAAAUGACCGUCACUGGAGCAGUUUUCAUUUGCUUUAAAAUAAACAGGGAAUAAAGAGAAAAAAUGAUAUUCUGUGCUUUCUUGCAACAGCAAAUGCAUGUUUCUUUUAUUUUAUUUGAAACUUAACUGCAGCCAUCAGGCUGACGCUCUGUGUGUAAUUUUAUUUUUUCUCUUUGUUAUUCUUUGUAUGAAUUGCUAGGCCUCACUUCUUAAGUUAUGUGUAGAGCAUGUAUGUUUGUGAUGACUGGUUAUGUAUUAUAAAUUGGCUGCGUUUUAUUUUUCCAUCUUUUGUACACGUUCACAAGCUCGACUGCCUCUGAAGUAUCAAAGGCGUGUCAUUAGCAUGAAUUUUCCCCUUUUGUCAGCAUUUGUCAUUCACUCUUUUUAUCUCUGUAUAAACUGACUGGAUUGGGUGCGUGUUUAUUUUCUGUGCUGCUGCAGUUUCUCUGAGCCUGUCCAGUGCUCUUGAGGCCAUGCGGUGGUCGAAAACACAGCAGGAGCGCAAAACUGCCGGGCAGGCCUUUGUUAUGAAAAUAUUAACGGAAGCAGGACUUUACUACUUGAACAAUGAAGGGAAUCUGUAUUUUUCUCUGUAUUACUAAUGUGACUACUCCUGUUUGAACUGUAAAAAACAGCCAUGCUGAUGAGUUAUUGGCUUGCAGUAGCAGUAUUUAUUUAGAAAUCUUUUUAGUUUUACUCUUCUAGGUAUUUAAUUUUUCCCAGGGCUUCAAGUACAGUGUUGCUUCCUUUGCUUUUUUUUGUUCACUUAGUGUUUUGCUGUUAAUUCACGAUUUUUGUAUCAUUUAAAUAAAUUUAUUUAAUCCCAUCUCUCUGUUCAUCCAUGUCUGUUUAAUUGUGUUCCAAUUUGUUUGUCUUCAUCUCAUCUGCAUUUCGUAAAAACAGCCAUCCUCCGUCCUCUAAAUGCCAGCUUUUACUAACGGUAUAUUCUUGCAGUGGAUUGUCUGGAUGUGUCCUAAUAACAAGGCAAUGAGGACAGAUGUUGCUGCUAAAGGACCAGCACAGACAGACAAUAUCACGACCAUGAGAGGAGAUCUGAUGUUACAGAUAAUGUGCUAUGCAUCAUCUUGUUAUGCUCCAAUAAAUAAAUAAGCUGUAUAAAGACA